GUGUUGUCAGCACUGUCUCCAGCACAAAUCUAAAACACAGCCCCCAUACCAGCUACUGUAAAGAAAAUUAACUCUACCCCAUCCCAAAGUAGCACAAAGACCUUGCAUUUGUUUUUAAAAAUUGAAGCCACUUCAUCCUUUGCUGACAAUAAUAAAAUACUGAUCUCUUUUUUAGAUCCUUUGCAUAUUUUACGAUUAAAGACCGACUCCCCCAGAUCCUCACAAGAGUUAUUGAUACUUUGCAUCGACAUAAAAAUGAAUUUUUUGAAGAACAUGGUGAGAAGGGUGUUGAAGCAGAGAAGAGAGCUAUAUCUUUCCUCUCCAAACUGCGGAAUGAGCUGCAGACAGACAAGCCAGUGACCCCUUUGGAAGAUGAGUUGCCUGAUGCUGUGCUGUGGAACCAAUACCUGGAAUACCAACGAAAUUUACCGAAUGGAAAUGGAGAACCAAGUUGGUUUCAGUCCCCUUGGCUGUACGUAGAGUGUUACAUGUAUCGAAGAAUCCAUGCAGCAUUAGCACAGAACCCACCUAUUGACAACUUUGAUGUAUUUAAGGAAGGAAAGGCUCAAAAUUUCUUUGAAUCCCAAGAAGCUGUUAUUGCCUUAUGCACUUACUUUCAGGAACUUCUUAAGAACAUCAAGGAUCUAGAUGAAAAGCAACUUCAGGAGGAGCUUUUUAAGCUAUUGCAGGUGUCAUUGUGGGGCAAUAAGUGUGACCUUUCUUUUUCAGCUGGUGAAGACAGCUCUCAGAAAUCUAGUCCUUUGCAAUCCCUGGAAAACAUGGUACCUUACAUCUUAGUGAAUGAUAUGGAAAAAGUUUGGUCACUACUAAAUGCCAAAAAAAAUAGAACAGAAAGAAGUAAUGUUAGAGUUGACAUAAUCCUGGAUAAUGCUGGAUUUGAACUUGUAAGUGAUCUUGUGUUGGCUGAUUUCUUGUUGUCGUCAAAGCUAGCUGAUGAAGUCUAUUUUCAUGGAAAAAGUAUUCCAUGGUAUGUAUCUGAUACCACAAAGCAUGAUUUUAACUGGACUAUUAAACAACUGGGGUCAGCUAAUCAUAUGUGGAUGUCUAGAUGUGGGAUAAACUGGGAGGGCAAUUUGAAAAAGGGAGUUUGGGUUUUCCGUGACCACAUGUUUUGGACUUUACCACAUGAUUUUUCCAGUAUGAGUGAAGUUGCUCCUGAUUUGUAUGCUGAGCUGCAGAAGUCAAACUUGCUUCUCUUCAAAGGUGAUCUAAACUAUAGAAAAUUGACAGGAGAUAGAAAAUGGGAAUACUGUGUCCCGUUUCAUCAAGCCUUGAAUAAGUUUCAUCCUGCGCCUCUCUGUAGUUUGAGAACACUGAAAUCUGACACUCAGGUUGGCCUGAAGCCCGGACAAGGUGAGCAAAUUCAGGCUUCUGAACCUGAGUGGAUGGUAAGUGGAAAAUACGGGGUAGUUCAGUUUGAUGCUGGUCUCUAGUUAAAUGAUUUGUAAUAUUCUGAAAGAGACAUUAAGUCUGACUUUAAUCUUUGUUCCAUGCUUGGCUUCAGUAAAGAUUCUUUUUUGUUUGUGCUUUUUCCUCCCAAGUGAUUUGUUGUUUUUGUCCUGUGGAAGACUUUAAUGUUGUGAAAAUAUUUAUAAACUGUCUUCAUAUACAUAAA